GUCCCCAGGCCUCGCCCCUCGCCCCUCCCCAGACCAACUGCCUCUGCGCAUGCCCGGCCGCCCAGAAACUCUGAGGAGUCGCCGGCUGGAAACAAACUUUGACGGAACAAUGUCGCGACCCUGUCCCCCGGAGACAGUCAGAAACAGUUUGAUAGAGGAUGCUAAGGCCCGCUUAAAAAAGCAUGAUGUUGGGACCAAAUAUUCUCACUUGUCGUCUAGUAAAUAUUCCAUCCUUUUACCGUUGUUGGCUAAAGAAGGAAAACUUCAUCUGUUGUUCACCCUCCGGUCAGAGAAGCUGAGACGGUCGCCUGGAGAAGUCUGCUUCCCUGGAGGAAAGUGCGAAACCACGGAUGCGGAUGAUGUGGCCACAGCCCUCCGGGAGGCCCAGGAGGAAGUGGGGCUGCGUCCUCAUCAGGUGGAGGUUGUCUGCCGUCUGGUGCCGUAUCUGUUUGAUACAAAUACAUAUAUAACACCAGUUGUAGGGUUCAUAGACCACAACUUCCAGGCCCAGCCGAAUCCUGAUGAAGUGAAGAAAGUGUUCCUGGUGCCUCUGGACUAUUUCCUGCACCCACACGCCUACCACCAGAGUCACCUGACGCAAUCUGGUCAUCAUUUUAUUAUUCAUUGCUUUGAGUACACAAAUCCUGAAGAUGGUGUGACUUACUAUAUCAAAGGACUAACAGCAAAAUUCGCUGUGUUCGUUGCCUUAAUUAUUUUGGGGGAAAAACCCACCUUUGAGGUUGAAUUUAAUCUCAACGACCUAACAUCAUCCUCGGAAGAAACCUUCCUGAAGCUUUAUAAACCUGCAUCAAGCAAGUUAUGAUUUAUGAGACCAACAUCCAAAUAACUAUCUAAGCAGCUUUGUGUGUGCUUAUCCGCGGAACAAUAAUGCCAGCUGGUGGAAUUUGACAGGUGCUAAUAUUUUCCAGGCAAUAUGAAGAUAAAAACCUUGCCUUAUUUCCAAUUGCCCUCUGUUAUCUGAAAGAGCAAAAGUUUUGCAAAAGUGGAAAAUGUGUUUAUGAUAUUGCAUAACUUCACCCACAAUAUAUUAGCCCCAUUUUUCUUACAUGUGUAAGAAAAUGUAUCUGGCACACAGUAGGCACUUAAUAAAUAUUUAUUAAAUAUAUAA